AUGUCGCGCGGACGCACACAGACGUCCGUCCUUAUUUUUAUUCCCCAACCCCACACACGACCCAACCGGACACCAUCCUCACCUGCGUCCACGGCAGCUUGCGAGCGAGAGCAGCGGCGCGGCAAGGACGACGUGGCGGGCGAGGCCAGGGCGGGCAGAGAGAGCGCGGACGUCGAGCGCCUCGCCGGCCUCGAGCCUCCGACGUCGCCCUCGCACUCGCCGCGCCGGGCCGCAGGUCCACCUCCGCCAUCCCCAUUCGCCGCGGGCUUGCUAUUCACGCCCGGGCGCUCGCACGGACGCGCUGUCCCGGCGCUGGCACGGCCCGUGGCGCAGCAGCCCGCUAGUCCUCGACGACGCCCACCUCCUCCGGGACGGCCCCCGGCGCCGACCGGGCGCGCCCCGGCGUCGACCGACGCGCCCCCGCCGCCGCGGUGGUCUCCCGCGUCCUCGCCUCCCACCCGGGCCCGUUCCGCUGGGUCGCUGCUUCGCCGGGUGGCCAAGCACGGACGCCCCUGCAGUCACCCGUCGCCGGCGGCUGUCCCCGGCGAGCUCGGCGCCGGCGCGCAGCACGACGAGCACGGCCGGGACGAGCGCCUCGCGCACGCGCAGCACGGCGAGCUCGGUGCCUCGCGCACGCGCAGCACGGCGAGCUCUGCAGCGGGCCACCAUGGCGCCGGCGAGAGAAGAGGCGAGGCCUCGGGUGGAGGCGCCGCGAGGCGCCGCAAGGCGAGGCCGCCCGACGCGCGGCGAGUCGUGCGCGAGACGGCAUCAAGGCACGGCGCGAUGGCGAGGCGAGGGCGUGGGCGGAGCUUCCGCGUCGCCCGGGCGGAGCUGAAGCGGGCGACCCUGGCCGAGCUGCAGCGCGGGGCGGCCGGCUCCGAUGGCGUGGCGAGCGGCCGGCGUGGGGCGGCGUGGGCGGAGUUGCGGCGCGCGGCCCCGGCGGAGCCGUAG